CCUCUCACACAUGGUGACUGCAGCUCGCUGUGUGGAAUAAACUGAUUUUAGUCCACUUGGAUCCGUAGACAGAACUUUUUAUUUUCACUGAAUGAAAAACAAACAUUUCUCUUGUUUUUCAUUCACAGAUUACGGAAUGUAUUUUUAGCCACUAACAAACGUGACAGACUUGGUCAGAAACAAGUUUGAGGAUUACGUCAGUCAUGUCGCAGAUGUUUGGGAAAGUGAAGACGUGUAACUCUGCAGCAGCUCCUUACAGAAGUCCAUCCGAUUGCAACCUGGUGCUGCUCGGUGUGAUGGGAUCCGGAAAAUCAGCACUGACUGUCAAAUUCCUCACAAAGCGCUUCAUCAGUGAAUAUGACCCCCAUCUAGAGGACAUCUUUUCAUCUGAGGAAAUUGUGGACCAGCAGCCAGUCACAGUAAGGGUGAUGGACACCUGUGACAAGGAAGGUCCAGUGAACAGUGAGCGCUAUCUGUCGUGGGCCAAUGGCUUCCUUGUCGUCUACAGCAUCGAUAAAAGGGAGAGCUUUGAAGGCUGCCAACUAUACCUGCAGACACUGGCCCUGCACAACAAAACCUUCAAGCCUCACACUCCUAUCCUUCUGCUGGGGAACAAGCUAGAUCUGGACCGAUACAGACAGGUGAGUCGGUGUGAUGCUGAGGCCCUGGCAACUCGUUUUGGCUGUUUGUUCUUCGAGGUGUCAGCCUGUCUAGAUUUCCUCUCUGUGCAGCAUGUCUUCUAUGAGGCAGUGAGGAGGGUGAGGCGCAGGGGUGGGGGUGGCCGUCUGGUACCUGCUGUCUACUUUAGUGAGGACAAAGCACUGCUCAGUGUCCCAUCCUUCACCACCCCCUGCUACAGGGAGCUGCCAGCUCCAGCCACUGCCAAGCUUGUCACUGUCAAGACGUCCAGAGCUCAGAGCAAACGGAGUGCUGCCACAUUUACCCUGCUCAAAGGCUUCAAGAUAUUCUGAUCCCACACUGACACUGUUAAAGACUUGGUGGUACAGUAGCGCUAGACGGGGUAGACAUGAAGCAGAGGGAGAAAAACAUACAGAUGCUCUGAAUGAGAAUGCAGUUAUGAGGUGGAAUGUUACUGAACACAGACUCUCCUGGACAACAUCACCAUCCUACAUGUUUAUGGUCUGACCACCAGUUUAAAUUAUUUCAGUAGUCCAUGAGCCAUGAUGAUGCCAUGGAGCAUGUCAUGGAGAAGAAGCCAGUCAGAGACACGUUUUAGUUUAGGUCAUCACACCAGAACCUCACUUAAAUUUAUUUUUGUGUACAGUUCAAACAAAUAAAGUACAAUGUGUUAAUUGCUUUCCCCCUGUUUCCAGUCUUUCCAUUACUCAGAAAUAUAAUUUUCUAAUCUCUCUGAAAGAAAGCAUAUAAAAGUGUAUGUCCCAACUAUUUCUCGGAGUAUUAGAAGUUGUAGAAUCAGAUAUAUAUUAUUAUAUCAAGAGCUUUUAUAUGUUUUUAAAAGAAAUUUUACAUUUUAUAAAGUUUUCACUUUUUAGCCAAAGCAGUGUUCACAUAAUUUUUCAAACUAAUGGACUGAUCUUUAGAUCCACACAGUGAAUUUGGACAUACGGUAUGCAU